ACUUCAUCCACUCCCAUACACAUGGCAUCUCGAAGCUGGAACCAGACAACUUCUCCUUACUGCCCUCGACUCCUCGCUUUCCUUUGAUACGUGCAAAUCACAAUCUAGCUUGACAUAAUCUGUCCACUUACGCAGAUCGCGUUCCUUUCAUCAGCUCCAAGCACAGUGAAACGAGCUUGCCCUACGUACGAAUUGCUUUCAAUAACGAGAGCUAAAGAUGAGUGCGUCACCUGCAAGCGCCGUCCCAGGACGAACGCCAAAUGGCGCUGGUCCUCCUCCGCCACCACGGCGACGACCCCCUCCGAAGACCAAUCCUCUGAAUGCGCGACAUAAGCCUUCCAAACAAAUUCAGCGUCCACGUCCUGCCAUUGCACCCCCAAGCAACCGCGAACAAUCAAUACCGCUUGGUAUGCCACCGAAAACAUUUGCUGCGGCGCCGCCAUCGCCUACGGAAUCGCGUCCGCCAACUUAUGUUAUACCUAUAAAGUCCACAAAGCGCGAGUUGCUACAAGGUUUGCGCUAUCAUGUCGCGCGUCUCAUCACGAAAGAAAACAUCGAUAUCGCAGACGAAAAACAAUUUGACAGGCCUGUGAGAUUACAUCGCAAGGAUCCUCGCUUCCAUCCCAGUAGUAAUACCAUGGAAGUAGAUUCUAAGGAGGAACUGAUAGACGAGAAGCAACGUGAGCAACUCGAAGCUGCGAAGCUAGAGAAGCAACGCAUAAGAGAAGAGCAGGCGAAACAGAUGGCGCCAGCUGCAUCGCAGAAAAGGAAACCACAGGCGUUUAAGAAGAAGGUUGAGCAGGUAUAUCGUGCCGACGAUACCCCCGAGGAGCGCAAGAGACAGCAAUUGCGGUAUGAAGAAGCCCUUCCGUGGCACAUAGAAGAUUUUGAAGAGAAAAAAGUCUGGCAGGGAUCCUACGAGGCUGCCUUGUCGGAGUGUCAUGUCAUGUUAAUGCAGCAACCAGACAAUUCUUUCCGGCUUGUGCCCCUAGAAAAGUGGUAUCGAUUUAGGGAAAAGGCAACCCAGAAGCAACGUCUGGACCCAGAGCAAGCAGAGCAACAAAUGACGAAAGGACAACGGGCACCGCGAUGGUUACUGAAAAACGAAGCACAGGAGCGCAGAAUCAAGGCCGAAGAAGCAGCUUAUCAAAAAGCUUCACUGUUCACACGCUCGGGAGAGAAGGAGCCGAAGCGCACAGCUAAUGGUAUGGAUCUUGAUCAGCCAGAAGUUGACCCAGAUGCCAACGACAUUGACUACAAUGUCGAAGAGGAUUUUGCGGAUGAUGAGGAGAACGACUUGUUUGAGGGCGAUGAUGAUACAAAAAAAAUGGCAGAGGAAAAGUUAAAACGUGACCAACUCAAUGCCAAUGUAUUCGAUAUGAAGAAUGAAAAGGAAGUAGAUGCCGAAGAGGAGCAAGAAAAACUCCUUGCCGAGGUGGCUAAGCGCUUGGAGAAGGGUACAAGAAAGGCACUGUUAAGGCGUGAGAAGAACCUCGACUACGCCAGUGAUAGUGAGGAGAAUCCAUACUCUUCAGAGAGCGAGAGCGAAGAUUCCGAAUUAGAGCGCCAGAAAGAAGAAGAGCGAAAAAAGGAAGAAGAAUCAAAGGCCAAGCUCGAUCAAAAGAACGCUAAAAGCACCAAACCUCCGUCUGGCGCUUCUUCACGUGGCGCAAACACCCCAUCUGGCCGUAAAGAGAAGCAUGUGGAUACUCUGCGAGUUAAGGCUAUUAAGCGUCCCGGCUCGCCGAAUCUUUCAGAAGCUUCUGGGAAUGAGUCCAGUCGCAAACGUGCCAAAAUUAAACAGGGCACGUCUACACCGCGUCCUGCUCCGGAGGCAGUACGUCGUGAUGGUGGUGCGUCACGUCCGGGUGGCCUCCUGGGCACCGCAGGCUCCGGCAGCGACACAGAUGCCCGCACCGCAAAUCCACGCAUAAAGUUAACAUUGUCGCAACGCGGAUCCAGGGCUGCAAGUCCGACUGCCAGUGGGCAGGUUAGUCGAGCUGGCAGCCCUUCAGCACGGAGCCCUGCUGGUUCGAGUACGCCUGCACCAGGAGCAGCGCAGGCAGGUUUCCCAACAGCAGCUGAGAUUGCGAGACAUGUGCCUAAGGAGGGAAUUACAAUUCAAGGGCUACUCAAUGUUUUCAAGGGACGGUUCGAUAAGAAGGAGCGGUUCAAAGACUUUGUGGCUGAGGUAAAGAAAGUCACUAAGCUUCAUCCGACGACGAAAGGCUUGCUAGUUCCAAAGGUGGCGCCAGCAAGCUGAACGCUAUGUACGCAUUCCUUUGUGUGUUCUUUGGAGUUUGGUCCAGAAUUAUAGUCGAAACAGCAAUGCAAUAUUAUCAAGCAGGACUUGGUGAGCUGUAAAAUUACAGCCCUAGCGUCCGUGAUGGAGUUCGACAGACAAAUACACAGACCAUAUGGACUCGCAACGAACGAUCUAAAUUUUC